AGAUGAAACGUGUCAGUUCUAGUGUGCUAAUCUUGAUCCUCUGUAUUGGACCCAUUACAAGUCAGACAAAAACUACUUGGGUACCAUGGACAACACCUUUCUCCUUUACUACACUAGCACCAUCAACACCAGGAUUACCCAGUACAGCCAAGACUUCAAUAGCAGAUAAUAAAAAUCAGAAAGAAACUACUUUGAUACCAUGGACAACACAAGCUAAUACAAAAGGACCUUCGACACCAGGAUUAUCCAGCACUGCCAAGACUUCAAUAGCAGGUAAAAAUCAGAAAGAAACUACUUGGGUACCAUGGACAACACAAGUUAGUACAAAAGCACCUUCAACACCAGGAUUAUCCAGUACAGCCAAGACUUCAAUAGCAGGUAAAAAUCAGAAAGAAACUACUUGGAUGCCAUGGACAACACAAGUUAGUACAAAAGCACCUUCAACACCAGGAUUAUCCAGUACAGCCAAGACUUCAAUAGCAGGUAAAAAUCAGAAAGAAACUACUUGGAUACCAUGGACAACACAAGCUAAUACAAAAGUACCUCCAACACCAGGAUUGCCCAGCUCUGUCAAGCCUCCAACAAUAGUUCAGACCAGUACAGAUGGUAAGCAUAUUACAAGAGCACCAAUUAGGAAAAAGGGUGAUGAAAUUGUGUCUAGUACAAUGGUUUCCUCAACAAAAUAUCUUUCAACAACAUAUGAAAAAGGUCCACCUAGUACAAAAGUACCUACAAUAAUACCACCUAGUACAAUGGUACCUUCAACUGCAAGCUCAUUCACCACAAUAAUAAGAGAAGGUUUCACAACACCAGUCAAUGGACAAUCUAGUACAGUGGUCCCUACAAGAGCAAGUCAGGCAAGCUCAUUCGCCACAAUAAAAAGAGAAGUUUUCACAACACCAGUCAGUGGACAACCUAUUACAGUGGUCCCUACAAGAGCAAGCCAGGCAAGCUCAUUCGCCACAAUACAAAGAGAAGGUUUCACAACACCAGUCAGUGGACAACCUAUUACAGUGGUCCCUACAAGAGCAAGUCAGGCAAGCUCAUUCACCACAAUAAAAAGAGAAGGUUUAGGUUUCACAACACCAGUCAGUGAACAACCUAUUACAGUUGUCCCUACAAGAGCAAGUCAGGCAAGCUCAUUCGCCACAAUAAAAAGAGAAGGUUUCACAACACCAGUCAGUGGACAACCUAUUACAGUGGUCCCUACAAGAGCAAGUCAGGCAAGCUCAUUCGCCACAAUAAAAAGAAAAGGUUUCACAACACCAGUCAGUGAACAACCUAUUACAUUGGUCCCUACAAGAGCAAGUCAGGCAAGCUCAUUCGCCACAAUAAAAAGUGAAGGUUUCACAACACCAGUCAGUGAACAAUCUAUUACAGUGGUCCCUACAAGAGCAAGUCAGGCAAGCUCAUUUGCCACAAUAAAAAGAGAAGGUUUCACAACACCAGUUAGUGGACAACCUAUUACAGUGGUCCCUACAAGAGCAAGUCAGGCAAGCUCAUUCGCCACAAUAAAAAGAGAAGGUUUCACAACACCAGUCAGUGAACAACCUAUUACAGUGGUCCCUACAAGAGCAAGUCAGGCAAGCUCAUUCGCCACAAUAAAAAGAGAAGGUUUCACAACACCAGUCAGUGAACAACCUAUUACAGUGGUCCCUACAAGAGCAAGUCAGGCAAGCUCAUUCGCCACAAUAAAAAGAAAAGGUUUCACAACACCAGUCAGUGGACAACCUAUUACAGUGGUCCCUACAAGAGCAAGUCAGGCAAGCUCAUUCGCCACAAUAAAAAGAGAAGGCUUCACAACACCAGUCAGUGAACAACCUAUUACAGUGAUCCCUACAAGAGCAAGUCAGGCAAGCUCAUUCGCCACAAUAAAAAGAGAAGGUUUCACAACACCAGUCAGUGAACAACCUAUUACAGUGGUCCCUACAAGAGCAAGUCAGGCAAGCUCAUUCGCCACAAUAAAAAGAGAAGGUUUCACAACACCAGUCAGUGAACAACCUAUUACAGUGGUCCCUACAAGAGCAAGUCAGGUAAGCUCAUUCGCUUCAAUAAAAAGAGAAGGUUUCACAACACAUGUCAGUGAACAACCUAUUACAGUGGUCCCUACAAGAGCAAGUCAGGCAAGCUCAUUUGCCACAAUAAAAAGAGAAGGUUUCACAACACCAGUCAGUGAACAACCUAUUACAGUGGUCCCUACAAGAGCAAGUCAGGCAAGCUCAUUCGCCACAAUAAAAAGAGAAGGUUUCACAACAUCAGUCAGUGAACAACCUAUUACAGUGGUCCCUACAAGAGCAAGUCAGGCAAGCUCAUUCGCCACAAUACAAAGAGAAGGUUUCACAACACCAGUCAGUGAACAACCUAUUACAGUGGUCCCUACAAAAGCAAGUCAGGCAAGCUCAUUCGCCACCAUAAAAAGAGAAGGUUUCACAACACCAGUCAGUGAACAACCUAUUACAGUGGUCCCUACAAGAGCAAGUCAGGCAAGCUCAUUCGCCACAAUAAAAAGAGAAGGUUUCACAACACCAGUCAGUGAACAACCUAUUACAGUGGUCCCUACAAGAGCAAGUCAGGCAAGCUCAUUCACCACAAUAAAAAGAGAAGGUUUCACAACACCAGUCAGUGAACAACCUAUUACAGUGGUCCCUACAAGAGCAAGUCAGGCAAGCUCAUUCGCCACAAUAAAAAGAGAAGGUUUCACAACACCAGUCAGUGAACAACCUAUUACAGUGGUCCCUACAAGAGCAAGUCAGGCAAGCUCAUUCGCCACAAUAAAAAGAGAAGGUUUCACAACACCAGUCAGUGAACAACCUAUUACAGUGGUCCCUACAAGAGCAAGUCAGGCAAGCUUAUUCGCCACAAUAAAAAGAGAAGGUUUCACAACACCAGUCAGUGAGCAACCUAUUACAGUGGUCCCUACAAGGGCAAGUCAGGCAAGCUCAUUUGCCACAAUAAUAAGAGAAGGUAUCACAACACCAGUCAGUGGACAACCUAAUUUUGACACAGAUGCCACUUCUGUUUAUGAAAAAACAACACCAGGUCAACAAACCUUAAAGACAUCCUCUACCUCAUCUGAGCCAAGUACAACAGUUCCUUUAACACCCCCUUGGCCAAGUACAAUAGCCCCUUCAACACCUGCACCAAGUACAAUAGUUCCUUUAACAUCUGAGCCCAGUACAAUAGUGCCUUCAACACCUGCACCAAGUACAAUAGUGCGUUUAACACCUGCACCAAGUACAAUAGUGCGUUUAACACCUGCACCAAGUACUUUUGUUCCUCCAACACAUGCAAAAAGUGCAAUAGUUCCUUCAACAAAUGAACCAAGUACAAUUCAGCCUUCAAGUCCCAUUCAACCAAGUACAAUUGUUCCUUCAACUCCCCCUCAACCAAGUACCAAAGUGCCUUCAACUCCACCUCAACAAAGUACAAUAGUGCCUUCAACUCCCCCUCAACCAAGUACGAUAUUGCCUUCAACUUCCCAUCAACCAAGUACUGAAGUGCCUUCAACUCCCCCUCAACCAAGUUCAAUAGUGCCUACAACUCCCCCUCAACCAAGUACCAUAGUGCCUUCAACACCUGCACCCAGCAUGAUAGUGCUUUCAACACCACAUCAACCAAGUACAAUAGUACCUUCAAUACCUGUGCCGACUACAAUAGUGCUUUCAACAUCUGAGCCAAGUACAAUAGUGCCUUCAACACCUGAACCUAGUACAAUAGUGCCUCCAACACCUGAAACUAGUACAAAAGUACCUUCAACACUUGCCCCAAGUACCAUAGUGCCUUCAACACCUGGACCUAGUACAAUAGUGCCUUCAAUGCCUGAGCCAAGUACCAUAGUGCCUUCUACACCUAAACCCAGCACAAUGGUUCCUUCAACGCCUGAGCCAAGUACCAAAGUGCCUUCUACACCUAAACCUAGUACAACAGUACCUACUACUACAAUUACUAGCACAACAGUACCAACAACAACAACAGUGCUGCCUUCAACCAGAGAUCCAAGAAUUGAUCAGUGUAAAAAAACUUGCAAAAAAAUAUUCAAAGUUUACAAAAGAAUGAUUGACUUCAACACCACAUUUAGUAACCAACUUACCAAAUUCAAAAGUGAACCGGAGAUUAGCACAAUCAUCCAGAAAAAACUGGCACGUUACAAAGCAAGACUUGCUAGCCCAGAAGAGAAAAGAAAACGAACCAUCUUGAGUCAUCCUAGUUUUCAGUUCAACAUAGAUUUAGAUGUAAUGCAUUCUGUAAAACGAGAACUUGAACUCCAAAAAAGGGCACCGACAGAUAGAGAACAGAAUUGUUUGGAUUUAUGCAAUAGAGCUCCAGGUGUCGCGGUCAAAUUCUGCGAGUUCAGUAAUGAAGUGGUUGUCUUAGAGAGAUCCCUAAUGAGAGUCCCAUACAUUGAUAGGGUUGUCAAUAAAAGACUUAAAAAACUUGAAAAACUUGGUUUGGUCAAUAAGAAACUUGAAGAAGGUGAGGAAAAAAGAUCUAUUGAUGUUGAUGAAAGAUCUAUUGACAUUGAUACAGAAUCAAAUGAUACUGUUGAGAAAUCAAGUGACCUUAAUGAAAGAUCUAUUGACACAAAAGAGAGUUCUUUAGAUACACCUGAUAUCACCAAAGUAGGUGAUGAACAGAAAUCUAGUGAUCCAGAAGGUUAUGUUGAAAAUGUCACCCAUCAUCCAAACAGUCUAAAUGAUGAAAUGGAUGGAGAACGAGACUGUCGACGCUGGUGCUCCAAAAUUGUAAAUUUGGCCCUACAGCUUCGUAUCUUCAAAAAAUCCUUUCUGCAAGUUACAAACCGUCUAAAACGAGAUCCCUUAAUACGAGAUGUAGUUGACAAACGCUUGAACAAAAAGGGCAUUGAAGUUCUCAUAGAGAAAAGAGCAGAUAUUGAAGGAAGCUCCUGUGAUGAACUCUGUCCAAAAGUCCCUUCAAAGACUGUCAAAUUAUGUGUUUUUGAGGAGAGUUUGGUAAAAAUCAUAAAGAAGACAAGACGAUUGCCAUAUAUUAAUGAAUUGGCAACGAAAAAAGAACAAAGGGAAAGAAAACAGCGCAUUAAGGACCUGAAUCUUGUUGAAUAGAUGGAAAUCUAAAUACAUGGACAUGAACAUGGAAAAUUUGUGUUAAGUACAUGAGUGAAAUCUUUCAAACCAACAUUUUAUUGAGUUGGGGUAUCUCCCCUCACCUUUUAACUGUCCAGCAUUUCCCUCUCACUCGAAGAGCAUUCAAUAUAUCAAUAUACAAUCAAUAUAUUCACCAUUAUCUGUGCAUUCUACUUUGAUUGAAAUAAUCUUUCAAAAGAUAAUCAAUUAGUAAUAUCACAAUGGACAUCAAAUAUUAACCAACCAAGUCAUACAUUAGUUUUAAAUUGUACUGAUUUAUUGCAUUGGAAACUUAACUAGUACGGAUGUAAAAACAAGCAACCAUUGAGUAGAUUUCAGAUGAAAAAUUAUUACAUACACAUAUUUAUUAUAUAUUUCAUUAAAUAUUUGCAAUUACUUGAAAUAGUUCAGAAUUGUGAAAAACUGCAAAAUUUUGAAAGACUUUUUGUCCACACCGCUCCCUCCCCUGGCUACUGGCCUGGGGUUCUACCGUAAAUUAAAUGCAUACCACCCAACCUAAGGUUAUUCAAUUCCGGGAAAACGCCAAAAACUGCAAAACUAGAAUUAUAUGAUUAUUUACUAAAUAGUAAGUGUUCACCCAGAAGUUGACAGUAUGUUACAUUCUAUAUGGAAAUUAAUUUAAUAUUUUCAAUUAGCCUACAACUUAUUUCAGGUUUUGGAAGAAAUAUUUUUCUCUGAAGUUUAAUCAAAGAAAAGUCUCUACGUUUUAGUAGAGCUUGUUCGUUGUUUCUACAUCACCGUGAGUGUGGCACCCUUUAGCAAUACAUGUACACUCCUUAGCAGUGAAUCCCUUAGCAGUACAAGUUAUGCACAUGUACAUUGUACAUAUAUAGAAAUAAUUAACUAGCUGGGAUUAUUUUGCCUUCAUUUUAGAGACAUGACAAAGUGGAUGGGUGACAAAGUGGAUGGGUGUUUUCUCUAUAACCUUCUUAUCAUUAUUUAAAAUAAUUUUUGGAAUAGUUUAGCUACAUUUCCAUCAACUAAGUCCAAAUUGGAUUCAAUGUCACUUGAACUCCAGAGUAUUUUCCAUUACUAAUCUGCUUUAACAGAUCUUUUUUAGGGAUAAUAUUUGGGGGGAAAGUCUGAACGAAAUGUGUUGGUUUUUUUUGGCGUUCAUUAUUUUGCUGUAUCGGCAAUCACUUUUUUGAAGUUUUCUACAGAAAUAUUUUUGCUUGACAAUAAUCAGGUAAAAUGCAUAUAUUUUUGUGACAUAUUCUGACUUCAAACUUUCCAGCAAAUGUGUGACAAAAUACGCAAAUUGCGGGACAGUUGGAUAGGCCUGUAUUUGAGGUGUCAAAAAUACAAUAGUUCCUGGUCAACUGCACUUGUUAAAUGCCAUUUCAUAACUGCUUGGUGCUAUAACUCUGAUGCUGCCUUUAAGUAAAUGUAUUUCUGCUGCCACAUCCUUGACAUUUGGUAGCCACUAUAACUAUGAUUCUAGCUUUAAGUAAAUGUAUUAAUGUAAAUCAUUAAUGUAUUACUGCUGAUGGGUGCCACACAGAAGGCUGUCUGGUUUUGGAGAUUUGGGUGUAUAAAUCCAGCAAGUCUGAACUCAAACCUCAAAAACCUUGAGGGGGCUCCCCAUGGUGAAUCUCUCCUAUCUUUUUUUUAAUUUAGUUUUCACACAGCCACAGUUCAGUGAUAGAUAAUUACACGAUCCAUUAAGGAAAAUAAAUGAUGCCUUAUUGCUUGCAUUUUUCUCCCCUGUAAAUAAACAUUCACAAUAUACAAUCACUGGAUCUGAUUUGGCAUUUUUGAGACUAAAUUGCCCCUUUUGGCUUUAUUGAGCCUGUCUUGGAAUAAUUAGCUUUGAUUUGGCCUUAUUUUGGCUUUCAUGGGCCUGGGAUGGUUCCCAUAGUGAGUCCCCUUUUUGUCCUUUAUACAGGUCUUAAUAUCAACAUUUUUCUAAGUGAUUUAUCUCAUGCUAUAUUUUAUUCAAAUCAUUGCGGUGUUCUCCCUGGAAUAAGAGCAAUUGGGUGCUGCUCCUAUGCUCCUAUCGAAAAUUAGAAAAAUUAAAAAUCUGUUCCAACUAUGAAAUACUGUAGAAACUGUCAAGCUGACCAUUUCUGUUAGUGGAACACCUCUUUAAGUUCAACACUUCGGAACCCCUCACUAACCUUAUGUUAAAUGAAUCUCUGUAAUUAGAACACUUUUCAGAGUCCCAUGGCUUGGUUUAUGUUUAAUGAACCUCUGUAAGUGAAAUACUUUUUAGAGUAAAAAGGUUUCUACUAAAAACAGUUUUACCAUCUUGAGGUAUUUCAACCAAAACUGCUAAAAUUAGGACAUAGGAUGCACUUGGUAGAGAAAAAGCCCAUGGGAGAUCACUGCAUUGAUGAAUGUAUGAUAUUUGAUGAUGUCCAUGGCUGUAUUUCUUUAAAAAGCACGGAUGGGUUUCAUUUCAUAGCAGACAGCAUGUGGAUUUUUCUGGUUGUUUUUUUUACUAAAAGUAGUCUGCUGUUAUGAUGAAUGUUUUUCAUGAAGUGUUUUCAUGUUAAAAUUAUAAUUUUCAAUGAUUUUGUCUGUUGUUUUCAUUUAUUUUGACUUUUGUCAGAAAUUUUAGUGAAACUCAUAUCCUCAUAACUUUAUUUUUUCAGAAUUUAUUAAUCUACAUGUACUGAAAUAUUGAAAUACACAGUCACCAUAAUCAACAUUUAACAACAUUCCACGAUAAUGCACAGAAUUUUGUUGACAGAGGCAGGAUGUAUAUUUUUAAACAGAUGGUGAAAAAUAUAGGUUAUAGAUUCAUUCAUGCAUUUUACAGAGAUUUUAUUGUACAUUUAAGUUAUUUUAAAUAUGUUAUAUGAUGAAGUGUACAAACUGAUCAAGUUUGUAUGAAUAAAGUUAAUUUAGUAUGCAUUCU